AUGAAGCAAGACACAAUUUUAUUGAUAAUAAUCACAAACGUUGACGAAUACCCAAAAAUCAAGCGGAUUUCCAACGAAAACGGCAUUUACCUCGAACGGUCUCGCGUGAUCCAGGUUGUCAUCGCCGCUGUCGUCAUCCCGCUUGCCGACGCCAUCGCGUCCGUUGAAACUACGAUUGUCAUGACUUCUGAGGCGGGCUUCGUUGGAGCUACCACCACAUUACCGCCAAUGAACCACGAGUGGUUGACUUUUCCAGCAGACUUCUCCUCAUUCGGUGCCCCGUUCCCAGGCGGCUACAAUUUUGAAUCAAAAGCCGCAUUCAGCGCGUUCCCACCUCUCGAGUCCCAACAGGCGGUUCCUGUGAACGUGAAUCGGGCAGAGGUCGAUUCGACCGGCGACUCAAAAGGGCCACCAACUCCAGCGUCCGCGGCUUCUGGAACCUCACAGAGCGACGACCGCGCUGACAGUUCACCGACAUCGAAUGGCAAUGCCGGGUAUCGCCCCUGGGAGCAGGUCGCUGAGUCUUAUACAGAGGAGAAGAGCCCCCCAACGAAAACGGCAGUAAACGCGACAUCCUCUACCGAAGCAUUCCACAACGGCUCUACGCCGUCAGACGACAGCACAUCCUCAACACAGGCCUCAGCAGAGCAGCGUCCUCCCAGUGCCUUCAAGGCCUCGUCCCAAACCCCAUCCCCCUUCGGCAGCGACGGGAAUUUCCGCAGCGCGACAGCCGAAGCGGAUACGACCACUACGGAACUCCGACCUGUUGUGGCGGAUUUCCAGGUGGCGGCAGUAACUUCGUCCACGCCACUCAGCAGACCACCAUCUCAGAUGCACUCUUUGGCGGCCUUGGAGCCCCUGCAGCCGCUUCAGCCGCUGCAGGCUCUCCCGCCGCAACUGCAGGUGCCCGUCUCGAUGACGAUACAGGGGCAGAACUGGAGCCAGGAACUCGCCUCGCCGCAAGCUGUUCCGAUACAGCUGGGGCAGCUUCCCGGACAGCAUCUGCUUCUCCAGCACCCGCAGCAACACUCUCCAGUGCACAACUUAAAUCAACCCGGCCAGAUUCCGCCGAUAGGAAGACAACCGCCAACGCCGCCGACACCGACACAGAUGGUACAGCCGUCGAGCUCACCCGGAGCAACCGAAGUCUCGGGAUCUAAUGAGCGUCAGCAACAGAAGAAGAAGCGGAAGCGGUGUGGUGAAUGUCCGGGUUGUCUGAAGAAGGAUAACUGUGGGGAGUGUGGACCAUGCCGUAGUGUCCGAUCCCACCAAAUUUGCAAAAUGAGGCGCUGUGACACGUUGGUUAAGACCAAAAAGGACAAGGCCCCGGCUCAGCCCCGCCAGAAGAAAACUGACGGUACUAAGGCCAAGGGUAACGCGAAAAACGCGAGAGCAAACGGUCAAGACGCACCUAUGGGAACAUCAGCUUCUCCGGAAGAAAAUGGAAAUCCAGCCAAGAGACACCGGGCAUCUCCCGAUGAGAACAAAAAUCUCCAUCAGCUCAACCCAGAAAUCAAGCCUCAGUUCAGUUUGAUAGGAGCAGCUCCGAAUGGGAUGUACAUUCAUCAAGAUCCUUCCAUGCCACCGCCCCAUGUGAGUGAUUCUCUUAUACCACAUUUUCACGGCUCGAUGGCGAGCAUCUACGGAGCGACCGAUGUCAUUCCGCAAUUCUCACCGAAUGAUUAG